CAAUCAUUCAAUCAAUCACGAAAAAACAAAACCCAGAAGCUCUAUCACCAUGUCUUUGACACGAAGCAUAUUCCAGACGGCACGACCUAGGCUGCUCCGGCAGCCCAUCGGCGCAUUGAGCCGUCGUUUCUUUGCUGAUGAGCGCGUUCCCGAAAACACUCCUGGUUUCCGUGAGAAGGAGAAAUCGAAGCCCUUGAAUCCUCACCUCACCAACACCACUUCGACUAUUGCCAAUGAGAUGCCGAGUGUAGGCAAACAGGGCCCCCCGCCGGACUUGAUCUCUUCGGUAGACCCCAACUUUACCCCCAAGGACUCCGUUCCCGGGCACACCGAGCACAUGACGGGCCAGACGCAAAAGGGAUCUUCGGACGGCGGGAACACCAAUAUCGAGCUCGAGGUUGGAGAAUUUGAGGGCAUCAAAUUCAAGGUUGAGCCUCUAAGACGUAGCGGGGAGGAUGUCAAUACCACCCGUGCUAGGUUGUUAUACCAGAGUCGAAAACGGGGGUGUCUCGAAAGUGAUCUCCUCUUGUCCACCUUCGCCAACGAACAUCUAGCUGAUCUGAGUCCGAAAUUGCUCCUCGAAUAUGACCACCUGCUAGACGAGAACGAUUGGGAUAUAUACUAUUGGGCAACCCAAGAACCAGCUCCUACCUCUCAAGAGACUGCCGAAGGUGGUAGCUCUGCCGCCUCAACGCCUGCAUCACAGGGUACUCCAGUUGCGCCGAGACCAGGCGAGUGGUCAAACACCGCUGGCACGUUCAGACCCGCAUACCGACCCGUUCCUUCGAGAUGGAGAGAUUCUGAGAUUUUAGCCCUUAUUCGCAAGCACGUUUUGGAGCGUUCUGCAGGUGGCAUUCAAGGACAAUCUCAUGCACGAGUCGAUGGAGAUUCCUUGGCUCAAUCCGUCAAGGGCACUGGCGGAGGUGGACUGGGAAGAAUGCCUGAUAUUAAGAAUUUCGAUUCGUGAGCUUUUUCUUACUGGCGCUGCAUUUUCUGCCAGUUCACGCUCCUUUUCGUUCUUUUCAUCUUUCGCGUUCCAUAUCGCUGGUUGGGCCAGACAGCGAUGCUUUGCAAGUGUCUUGCUAAUUGCAUUGAGUGCGCUUUUAAGCGUUGAGAGUGUGUUUUCCGUCAUUGACCACGCCGUUGGGUCAAUAUGGGCUUCUCGUCACUACAAUCAUUUUGGCGGCUAUAUCUGCCUCCACACAACCCUCAUGUCAUAGCUGGUUUACAUGUAAGGAAUAUUUAAUACAAACUUUUGAACACAAACGACCUCGUGCUUGUCUUUGUGUGUAUAAAUGCCAUAUAUGCUCUACUAGCACAACAACACU